CGGCUCGUCGAAAAGCACCAGCACCAGCGGCCACCCGAUGAACGGCCCCUCAUCAACAGCAUGAUGGAGGAUCUCCAGAUCGGGCAAAUCAUCGAGCUCACCGACGGGCGCACCGCGACGGUGCGGUACGUCGGGCAGCCCCAUUUCGCAGCCGGCGACUGGGUCGGGGUCGAGCUGGACGACGACAGCGGGAAGAAUGACGGGAGUGUCCAAGGAGAGCGCUAUUUUGAGUGCGAGAUGGGGAGGGGCAUGUUCGUGAGGCCCGCGGCGGUCACGGUGCUGGAGCAGCCGCCCCCGCCUGCGGUUCUCCCAAAGCAGGUGGUGAAGAAGCAAGCGGUGACCGCCGCGACGAGGCCGAAGAGUAUCGUGGGCGCGGGUAUGGGAAGGAGGAUGAGUACGGUGCCGGAUGUGGGGACGGGGAAGAGGAUGAGCUUGAAUUCGGCGAGUCCGAGUCCGGUGACGAGAUCAAGGCCUUCGAGCUUGAUUCGGCAAUCUCCUACGAAAUCCCCUACGAAACAGCUGUCUGCGGCGCCGUCGAACGCUUCGACUCCCCGCACUGGCACCCCGUCAACGUCGAUUGCGAGAAACCAGUCGGGCACAAUUUCCAAGACACGGCCUGGGGUGGGAACAACAGCUCGAGGGUCGAUGGCCCCGCCGCCCGCCCCGACUACACGCACUUCGAGACCGUCUAUCUCUGGAGGGCUGGCGCCUGGAAACAGGGCUGGUGCUCCAACGAGUAGGGCCGCCAGCAGCCGGGCGCCAGUCGUCUCGAAACCUACGUUUCGUCCACGCGGGGAACGGAUUGGGUCGAUUAGUGGGCAGCUGAGCAGUGGGCAGGCGAGUGAGGGGAGCGCCGGGCACGAAGACUCGGAUGCACUGGCGUCACCUAACAAGAGCGAUGCGGAGGACGCGCUCUCACCAAAAGCCGUGAGUCCGGCAUUGUCGCGGAUAUCUGCUGCGGAUCGUCAACAUGUGUCGCCGAGUUCAGCCAGGAGCUCUCUGGGGCCGCGCACUUCGGGGGUCAGCACAGCGGCCAGUCGCGAGAUCGAGGAGCUGAAGACGAAGCUGCGCAUGAUGGACAAGAAACGACAGGAGGAUCGAGAGAAGUUGAAGGCGCUCGAUAAGAUCCAGGCGGAGAGGGAUAAGUUCGAGGGCAUCAUACAGAAGCUACAGGCGAAAUACCAGCCUCAGCAGCAAGAGAUUACGGAGCUGCGGAAGCAAUUAAAGGAAUCCGCGGCGCGCUUCGAGGAGAUCGAGAACAUACAAGCGGAGCAUGAUGUGGCGCUGGAGAUGGCGACGCUCGACAGAGAGAUGGCUGAAGAGACGGCCGAGGUCCUCAAGACGGAGCUGGAAGCCUUGAAACAGAAGACGGAGGAGCUGGAGCUUGAGGUCGAGGUCCUGCGGGAAGAGAACGCGGAAUUGGGCGGGGAGAUGAGCCCUGAGGAGAAGACGAGUCAGGGAUGGCUACAGAUGGAGAGGAAUAACGAGAGGUUGAGGGAGGCCCUGUUGCGACUGCGUGACAUGACCCAGCAGACUGAAUCAGAACUGAGAGACGAGAUCAAGAGUCUGGAGACCGAUGUCCGUGAGCUGGGCGAUGUGAAGGAGCAGUACGAGACUACGAAGGAGAAGUUGGCUCAGGCGGAAGCCAAUAUUGAAGAUCUGCGUCAGCAACUCGAUAACGCGCUGGGCGCAGAGGACAUGAUCGAGGAGCUGACCGAGCGAAACAUGAGUUUGAACGAGCAGAUCGAGGAGCUGAAGGCUGCGGUCGAAGACCUUGAGAGUCUCAAAGAGCUGAAUGAUGAGUUGGAGAUUAACCACGUCGAGACGGAGAAGGAGAUGCAGGAAGAUAUCGAUUUCAAGGAUAGCGUCAUCGCUGAACAGGCACGCCGAGCGGCCCAACAGGAAGAAGCUAUGGAGGAUAUGGAAUACACGCUGUCCCGGUUCCGGGAGCUGGUGACGAACCUCCAGAGCGAUCUGGAAGAUAUGCGGGCAUCCCACGCCGUCACCGAGACGGAAGCAGAGCAGCUGAACAGCAGAUCGCGAGCGAUGAUGGACCUCAACAUGAAGCUUCAAGUAUCUGCUGCGAAGACCCAAGUCAAGACAAUUGAUCUGGAAUUACGGCGUCUCGAUGCCCAGGAAGCCGCCGAACACCUGGCGAUCGUCCAGUUAUUCCUUCCCGAGGCCUUCCAUACCGAUCGAGAUUCUGUUUUGGCACUGCUCAGAUUCCAACGUGUUGCUUUCAAGGCGAAUCUGGUACAUGGGUUCGUGAAGGAGAGGGUCAACGGAGCCCCUCCCGCUGGCCAUGAAGACGAUAUCUUUGCGGCUUGCGACGUCCUGGAUAAGCUCACGUGGGUCUCCGCUAUGUGCAACCGCUUCGUGAACGCCAUCAGCCACUGCUCGACAGAAGAGUUUGCCAAAUACGAGGGUGCCCUGUACGAGCUCGAGCCGGUCGAGAGAGCGCUCAAUGGCUGGAUCGAUGGUCUUCGGCGAGACGAGCUCAAAGAGAAGCAGUGUGCCACUGAACUCCAGCGGACCAUCGCUCUCAUGUCACAUCUUGCCGAAGUGCACAUCUCGACUGGGUUGUCGAGCUAUGCUGAUGAUAUUCAUAUGCGCACGAUCGUUAUGCAGAGUCAUCUCGAGAAUGCCGCUGCUGCCCUGGCUGCUAUCAAGACCAUGGUCCAAACAAUCGUUCCAAAAGAAGAUGACGAGGAUGAGCUUGCUCAACACUUCGCCCGGAAGACCGAUGCGGUCAUCGCGAAUACUCGCAGCGCCAAAGUCAUCACUGGCAAAGCCGCCCGCGCACUUGAAGAGCUCAAGACGAGAUCCUUGUCGCUCACACCCGAUACCCUCCAGAACUUUGAGGAGUGUGAAGCGUCUACGCAGGAGCUCGCCAGCUUCUCACGGAGUGUCGGGGACGCCCUGUUUACCCUGCUCCAUGAAGAGGGUCGGGCCGAGCCGUUUACGUACUUGGAAGUUCAGAGCACCGUGCAUCGGACUGCGUUCACGCUGUUCGCAUCCAGCGAGUCGGACCUCUUCUCGACGUACUCCAACAAGCUCCGUACCCUGACUACCUCUGUCAUGGACCUAGCAGCCUUGACAGCCGAUCUCGAGAAGACGCAGGAGUUUGAGCCAACGCCAGCACCAUGGGUUCUCCGAGCUCAAGAACUGAAAUCUUCGAAGACGGUGCCCAUCGACACCGAGGAGGAGAUCCGCCGACUCAAAGAUGACAACCAUGAACGUGCGCGCCUCAUCGCGAUGCGCGAUCAGACACUAGAAGAAGCAUCCGUGAAGAUCGAGCUCCUGGAAUCGCGCAUGCGCGACGCCACCAAGAAGAACGAGAAGAUUAACGAGCUGGAGCGGCGGAUCGACGAGGCCAAGAAGCUCGAAGCCUCGCUCACGUCGUCGAUCGAGACGCAGAACAAGGAACUCGCGGCCUUGGAAGCAGACCGCGAGAAAUGGAAGAAGAUCGCCGAAGACACCAAAGCCCUCGGCGCCGUGGCCCCGGGCUCCAAAGCAGGCCAGGAACGCGCCGUCGCCACGGCCCGCGAGAUGGAAGCGCUCCGCUCCGAGAUCUCCUCCCUCCACUCGGCGGUCCGCUACCUGCGUACCGAUAACCAACGGCUCCGGCUCCCCUCCUCCCCCUUCCCAGAAGACGUCUCCUUCCUCUCCGUCCCGCUCCUCAAACCGGCCCCCCGCACGCCCUCCUCCCUCCUCCUCGCCGAAGGCGCCGACGUCCUGAAUGAACUCCUAGCGCUCCCGGGCUCGGCGGCAGCGAAGCUGUUCGAUCUGCGAGAGCUGCCGGCCGAUAGGUUGAAGUGGCGCCCGAAGAACCAGAGUCCGCAAUUCCAUGUCGCGAGACAGAGGGAACAGUUUGAGGUUUGGAGACAGUGGAAGGAGGAUGUGGUGAGGAGGGCGAAGGGGUGUGUGAGGUUGGAGGAGGGGAGGAAGGGAGGGAUGGGGAUUGGGAGAGGACCUGGUGGGAAGAGGGUCGCGAAGGUGGAGAUUGGGAUGGGGAAGGGUGGGAUAGGAGGGGGAGAGGUGGAGAUCGUGAGUCCCGGGGAGUGGGAGGGGUUUAGGGAGGGGUUGGGGUUCGUGUAGAGAUAAUAGGGGGUAAUGGAUGAAGAGACGGUAAUGAAUGAAGAGAUGGAG